CCAUAGAGGAACAUAAAACACUUCAUGAUCGGUUUAAACGGGGCAGGAAAAACUGGACCUGCUUUGUUAUGGCACAAUGAGAAGACCAGGGAUUUGUGUAACACACCAUACUGGGGAGAAGCACGACAUCAUGGAGUAGCUGGCACACAUAGACUGUCAUCUAGACAUGUCCCGUGCAAUCCCAGAGGUGCAAUGGAGGUGGAUAGAGCUCCAUGACUCCGUGUCCAUGGGCUCUGUGGAGAGGAGAGUCCGGACGGCUGCGGGAACCAGACAGUGGAGGAUCCUUCGCCAACCCAAACCCAGACACUCAGUCCUGGAUGAGCGCAGACUGCAUCAUGCUGCUUGGGAAGGUUGUCUGGAGCAAGUCAAGGCCAUGCUGGACCAUGGGGUUCCUGCUAACUGCCGGGAUCCAUAUGGUUGGACAGCUCUCCACCAUGCUUCUUUUAGGGGUCAUCUCACACUGGUCAAGUUCCUGUUGCAAACAGGCCAGGUGGAAGUAAACAGUCAGGACUUUUUCAACUGCACCCCCCUGCACCGCUCCUGCAGUGGAGGAAACCCAGAGACCACAGAGUUUCUCCUCCAGAAGGGGGCAUCACUGGAGAUGCGGUCCUGCUCCGGCCAUACACCCCUCCACCUGACUGCAGCUAAUGGACACCUGGGCACGGCUCGUGUUCUGCUCCAGCACUUGGCUUCAGCGAACCCUCAGGACUUUCAUAAGUGGACACCCCUGCACUGGGCGGUGUUUGGUGGCUGGGGAGACGUUGCCGAGCUCCUGCUGGAUAAUGGGGCGGAUGUGGAGGGAGGUAAAGGUGUGGGCAUGAGCCCACUGCAGCUGGCGGUGCUGUCUGGGAAUGAAGCUGGGGUGAGACUACUGCUCCAGCAGGGUGCAGAUGCCAAUACGAGGGGUCCAAAUGGCAGAACAGCCCUGCAUCUAUGUGCCUGCUAUGGAGAUAAGAAGAUUCUCCAGCAGCUGUUAUCAGGAGGGGCCAAGGUUGACAUCAGGGAUGGAGAUGUAGCGUCACCACUGCACCUGGCUGCCCGCAGUGGCUCCAGGGCAGUGGUGCACCUGUUGAUUUUGAACGGAGCAGGACUUGAGGAACGAGACGGCCUCAAAAUGACACCACUGCACUACUCAACACUCAAGGACAAUGUUGAAGCUGCCAAGCUCUUGCUGCACUACGGGGCAGAUGUGAAUGCUACUGAGAGGUUGGGGCAGACACCUCUGCACCUGGCCUCUGAAAGUGGUCAUUGCAAGGUACUGAAGGUACUGCUGGACAAAGGUGCUGAUCCCUCUGUAAGGAGCAGAUGGAGAGAGACUGCAGAGGACAUAGCAAGAACACAAAAUCAGCUUUGGAUACUACAGCUGCUUCAGCAACACCAGAUGCUCAAAAUGAGAGAACAAGCUCAGGAGAGUGCUGCUGUGCACAGAGGGAAAGAAUGACAGUGCUGAGUGGUGUUCCAAGAAUGCUGAUAUUUUGUAUAACAGCUCUAGAGUGUUUCACAGUUUUUAUCUGCUGCCUGCUUUUCACCUUACGGAAAUUGUCAUGGUAACCAUAAUUUCUGUCAAAAUAGCAGAAUACCUGUACUGGAAUAUGGGCAAAGUGGGACACUUUUGGAAAUUGUACAUUUUCUGGCACUUUUAAUUAUGAUCCUAAUGCCAUAUAACCAGACAUUAUACCUUAAUGGAAAGCUUAGGAUGACUCCAACCUUGUGAAAAGAAAAAAUUAAGAAAUACUGGGGAACAGAACCUUUAAAGACCCUCUUUUGACCAAACCCCAGAUUUUUUUCAGCAAAGCUUUUGACGCUUGUAUAGUCAAAGUGGGAUACUUUAUUAUUCCCCACAAUAUAGAUGGAUCUGUACUUGAAUAAUGUUUAUUGUUGCUAGUAUAUGUCUCUGGUGACAGUCGAACAUCUGCUAAGCUGGCAGCAUUGCAGUUCUCUUUGAAGUCGGUCACGUCAACGCUGUGUCAGUUAGCUGACCCUAUGGGGAGCUCUUUUCAGGAGUGACGAUUUCUGAAGCCCAUUAUAAUCACAGCAAUUUUAUUGGCAGAUGGUGCUUGGCGUCCCGCCCUCAACGCAUGUGUCAUUGAGAGCAUAAUAGAGAGCGGCGGAAAGGCUCCUUCUGGGCAGAGCAUGUGCUCCUGAUGUUGCCAGCCCUGUGAAGCAAAAGCUUGAGAUGUUCUGCCAUUUGGCUUGUCCCUAGCUCCCCGCACAUUUAUGAAACAUGUCGAUGUGGCACUCGCUCAACUGAGGCAGAGCACCAUCCGUAUUUUGAACUACCUCCAAGACUGGCUCCUGUUAGCUCCGUCGGAGAUACUGGCAUGCUCGCUCAACUGAAGCAUUUGGAACUCAAAACCAAUUGAACCAAGAGUGUCUCCUUCACACUCCUCCUUCGGCAUGAGACACGAUUUGGUGGCCAUCUUGGUACUCUUGUCCGAUGAAUGCAGUUCACUCUAUUAUCCAGUCGGCAAGUCUCCUUCUUCGGCAUGAGACAUGAUUUGGUGGCCAUCUUGGUUCUCUUGUCCGGUGAAUGCAGUUCACUCUAUUCUCCAGUUAUAUUUAAAGUGGAGCUCUGUUUGCGACGUCCUACUCUUUUUGGAAAGUAGAGAAAUAGGUAUUCAAUCAGUAGUACAGAGUGAUGGUAUAGGGUCCCCAUAGCUUCAGCUCACUGAUGCAGUGUUGAAGUGACCAAUUUGAAAGAGAAUAAUCAGGUUACAAGUGUAAUCCUGGUUAACCCAUGCAUGCCACUCGACUCGCUGUUAGGGAUUGAGAGAUGUGCUCUCCUCCCUGCAGAAGGAAAUCCUGACAAGAUGGUGGCGUAAUUACACUUGUAUGCUCGCGAUGAAGCGCACGUUGAGGACGGGAUGCCAAAUGCCAUUUGCCAAUAAAAUCUGCAUUAUUAUAAAGGGCUUCAGAGAAGGGCUUCCUCUCACUCCUGAGAUGAGCUCCCAUAGCAUCAGCUAACUGAUCAGCUAACUGAUGCUAUGUCCAGUUGUAACCUGAGCGUUUUGUUUCCUCACAAAUCAUCUUCCAAACAUCUGACAAUAGAAUGCCUUUAUGGUCGGAGACAUCCGACUUUGAACAGAAUGCAGCAUAACUGUCCCACUUCACCCAUAUUUACCUUAGUUAUUAUUACAACUGUACAACCACAACUCCUAACAGUUUAAGAAUCUUUUAUGACCGUGCUAGCUUAUACCAAGUUGACACAUUUUUAUUGUAAAAGCAAUAACUGUUAUGCCUAUGGUAUUAUAGUGGAUAGUGUGAUUACCAUGGUACAUUUUGUAAGGAUCUACAGUA